UAAUUAUAGUAGUGGUCACUCGUUUCACGGACUUUACUGUAAUAUUUGAUUUUCUGGUUUAAAAAAUGCACAAACUAAAGUCUACCGAAAAGGCCAAAGUUCGACAAUUUAUGCAACUGACCAACUGUUCCGAAAAGAUAGCAUUCAAUUGUUUAAUACAAAACGAGUGGCGACUUGAGGUGGCCUGCGAUGCCUUCUUCACGAAUCCCGAUAUAUAUAUGAAAACAGUGGACAAGAAACGCAUCGAUCAGUUGUUUAAUAAAUACUCGCAAAAUACGGACAAAAUACAGAUCGAUGGCUGCAUUCAAUUACUCGAAGACCUAAAUCUGAGGCCAAAUGACCGCAAAGUUUUAAUAUUAGCGCAGAAAAUGCGGGCACAGAAACAAUGCGAAUUCACGCGACAAGAGUUCAUCACUGGUAUGAUUGAUAUCAACUGCGACUCUAUUGCGGCACUCAAUCAACGACUCGUCGAGUUUGACAACGAGUUGAAUACAGAUUUGAAUAAAUUACGAGAUUUAUAUCUAUUUGCCUGGAAUUAUGGCAAACCAUCUGAAGCCAAGACAAUGGAUUGGGAAGUGGCUAUAGAGUACUGGACAUUAUUAUUGUAUAACUGUGUUAACAAACAGCUGCUGCAGCUGUGGAUAGAGUUCGUGAGUAAGAACCGCAAAGCCGUCACUCGUGACACUUGGAAUCUGCUUCUGGAGUUCACCACAAGUGUUGAUCCGCAACUAACAAACUAUGAUUUUGACGGGGCCUGGCCUACGAUGAUCGAUGACUUUGUUUUGUGGGCCCGCGAGAGACUUAAAACAGCGACCACUAAUCGACCAACUGUUCAAUCAACACAAUAAUAACAUUUUUAGUCAUCUCUUCAACUGUUUAUUAAUUAAAUGU